GAUAUUAAUUUAGUAGUUCAGCGUUUGAAGUGUCUUGAAGCAAGAUUACUUGAGUUUGAAAAAGGUAAACAAGAAGCAAUGCAACUAAAUGAGCAGCUUGUAAAAAAAUUGAAAGCGUGUGAAAUGCUUAGAUCUAGAGGUGAACAAUUUAUUGAUAGCCUUUAUAAAGCACUUGAUCAAGGAAAACUAGUGAACUUAUUUGAAAAAAUUGAAUACUUUUUCUCCAAUUCAUUUGUAAAAAUGUCAGCAUGUAAUUGUUGUAUUUCUCCUCAGGAAUUAAUCAAUUCAUUAUUAGCUCAUAUUUCUGUUUUGGAUGAUCAAUUAACAGACUGCAAAUUAAAAUCUAAUGAGAUUAUAUCAAUUAAUAAGCAUCUGAUGAACCAAAUGAAGGAAAAUGAAGUAAUUGUUCAAAAAAAUAAUGAAUUCUUAAACUGUUUGUUUUAUUCAAACGAACCAGUGACUAGAGAUGGAUAUCGGAUGGAAACAUGUACUGAUAUUGAUUUGACAUUGAGUUGUAUUGAAAGUAACGAAUAUGAAUUGCAAGAUCUACAUUAUGAAUUUGAAAAAGCAUUAGAAAAGUUUACUAAUAAAGAGGACAAAGAAUUUAAUGAUGAUCAAUAUCCAAACACUGAUACAGACAAUGUGCUAAAUUGUACAGUUAAUGUUGAAAGUGUGUUUACGCCAGAACCAUCUACAGCAACUAUUGUUUUUAUUGAUGAAGAUGAAAAUGAAGAUGAUAUUGAUGUUUAGCUUAUUCAAUAUUAUUUUUAUUGAAACUAUUAGUAAGAAUUUAUGUUUAUUUUUUUGUUUGAUAAAUGUUUAUUUAUUCUAAGAUUAAUGAGAUUGUUUUGUCUGUAUAAACUUGUUAUUUAAAAAAAAAAUGGGAUGUUAAAAAAUAUAGUGUUUAGUCUCA